CCGGACUUCAUUCUUCAAGAGCUGGCCGCCCCCUCCUUGGAGCUUGUGAUUUUGCCAUUAUCCAACUCUGCUUCUGCCAAUUCCAUCGCCCAUCAUGUCUAAGCUUCUGCUUGUCGCGCUCAGCGGCUUUGCGCUCUACUCCAUCUGGUACUAUUCCUAUAUCACCGGCCUCAAGGAUCUUGGAGACGCCACCAUCGAGGCGAAGCUUGCGCCUGGCACAAAGUUUCCCCUGCGCACCGUCUACACUGGCCUGCCUUUGACCGAUCGCCUCCUUACGACCCUGACGGUCUUCUUCUGGCCAAUUGCCGACGCCCAGGACAUUGGCUUGUUCCUGCACUCGUUUGCCUUCUCUGGCACUUUUGGCGCUGCAUGGACUCUCGUCUCUCUUGAAUCAUGGCGACAAGGCAACAUCUGGACCCUGGCUGCAUUCCCUAUGCUUCCUGGCCUCGGCUGCCAGGUCCUGACCUUCGCUUUCGUCACGCCACUCUACGCCGCGAUGCAGCUUGCGACCUCCAUCACGGCCGUUAAGCCCACCGCCCACAACACUCGCAUCCCUCGUGCCAUUUUGGUUGCUAUCCCAGUCGUCUACACCAUCGGCUGCCAGGUGCCUGGAAUCCUGAUGAUCUUGCCCCGAUCGGAGUGGAUGACUGCUGAUCUCAAGCAACUCAUGAUUGCCAUCUGGCAGCCAUGGCCCGCAUAUGUGUCCAUCCUUCUCACCAUCUCCAGUGUUGUCCUGCCCGCUUUCUUGCAGGAGGACAAUGCCACCCCUGCUGGAAACCGCCGCUACAGAACUGCGCUCCGUCACGCAUACGCCUUUACCUUCGGUGGCGUUGCCGUCAGCCAUCUCGUUUCUGUCAUCAUCCCUCUCGCCUCCGUCGUGGCCCCAACCUUGUUCCAAAAGUCGGUUCUUGGAGACUUGCACCCGUUCAAGGUCUUUGAGACCCCACGACCUUGGGCUUCUCCCGUUCCUCAGCUUCUCAGCGUCGCUCAAGGCACCAAGAACUUCCUCCGUUGGGAUUACAUCGUCGGCACCGUCGGGACUUUGGUCUGGGCUACGACUCUCUACACAACUGCCCACCGCAAUGUUUACGGCCGCGUCGAUUACGUCGAUUUGGCACGCAAGGUCGUCCCUCUUACCCUGCUCUCUGGUCCUGUAGGAGCUGCUGUGCAGUUGAUGUGGGAAAGAGAUGAGCUUCUCCUACAGACUGAUGGAAAGCCCAUUGUCACGGCGCAUAAGAAGGGUCUUUGAAAAAGCUGCGUGAAACAUUACUGUAUUAAAAAAGAAAUCACUUAGUUUAUUUAAAUUUACUGUGCGUAGCUCAAAUCCGGCUUGUGAACGGUGGUCUUAUGCACAAUUAAUGCACAUGGUUACCUCCGUUCAGCUCACCUAGCUAGAAUCUUGUUAGUGAAGAUUAAAUAUACGCUCCAUGUUCAAAAUGCUU